AUGGUUGAACCCGUAGAUAAGAAGAGGAAGGUUUUGGAUGCAGAUAGUUCGAUCUCAGUCUUGCCUGGCUCAAAAACGGUACAGAAGCCAAAACCAUCCAAGAUUUUCAGUCCUUUCAGAGUUCUAGGAAAUGUUACGAACGAGGUUCCAUUUGCUGUAGGAACGUUAGGGUCAACUUUUUACAUUGUAACUUCCGUGGGAAGAUCUUUCCAAAUAUAUGAUGCUGCUACUUUGCAUCUUUUGUUUGUUUCACAAUCGCAGACUCCUGCCAAGAUUACCUGUUUGGAAGCACAUCACCAUUAUGUUUAUGCUGGAUUUGGAAACAAGAUUGGAAUUUUCAAGAGAGGCAGAUUGGAGCAUACUUUGGAAUGUACAACCAGUGCUAGUGUGACACAUGUAUUAUCUUUUGGUGAUUAUGUCAUAGCUGCUGCUUCAGAUGGAGAAAUUUCUGUCUUUAAGAAGUUACCGGGAGCAAAGUAUGCAAAUUCGUUGUACACCAUCUUGAAAGCCAUUAACGCUGCCAUUGAGGGUGAAAUCGUCGGUUUGAUUCAUCCACCUACUUAUUUGAACAAAAUUGUGGUUUCUACGACUUCUGGGUUAUUCAUCUUCAAUGUUCGUACUGGAAAGCUUCUAUUCAGAUCUCCAGCUAGUCAAUUCACAGAAGCGAUUUCUUGUAUUGAGGCUGCUCCCGUCUUGGAUAUCAUUGCUGUAGGAACUACUACUGGUAGUGUCUAUUUGUAUAAUUUGAAAAAGGGCAAGAUUUUGGGACAGAAAAUCGUCACAGCUGCCGAAGACGCUUCGGCCAAAGUCGUUUCGUUAUCUUUCAGAACUGAUGGCUCGCCUCAUUUAGUAGCGGGCUUGAACACAGGAGACUUGUUCUUCUACGACUUGGCCAAGAAAGCUAGAGUCCAUGUGUUAAGGCAUGCUCAUAAAGAAACCCACGGAGGUAUUUCCAACGCCAAAUUCUUGAAUGGACAGCCUAUUGUAGUCAGUAAUGGUGGUGACAACCAUUUGAAAGAAUAUGUAUUUGACCCUACAUUGUCGACUUCUAACUCAUCUAUUGUUUCUCCUCCACGUCACUUGAGAUCCAGAGGAGGACAUUCUGCCCCACCCGUAACUAUUGAGUUUCCUGACGAAGAAAAAUCUCACUUUAUCUACAGUGCAUCAGGUGAUAGAUCAUUUUGGUCCUUCUCGUUGAGAAAGGAUGCUCAGGCUCAAGAAAUGUCUCAGAGACCGCAGAAGCAAAAGAACGGGAAGAGACAGGCUGGUCAGGUUCAGUCCAUGAAGGAAAAAUUCAACGAAAUUAUCGCAAUCUCAUCGUCUCAGACUCGUGAAGGCGAUUGGGAGAAUAUCUUGACAGCUCACAAGGAUGAGCCUUUUGCCAGAACUUGGGAAUCAAAGAACAAGAGAGUGGGUAGAUUCAAUUUGAACACUAUCGACAAUGGAAUGGUCAAAUCUGUUUGCAUUUCUCAUUGUGGUAACUUCGGUUUGGUAGGUUCUGCUCAAGGUGGUAUUGGAGUGUACAAUUUGCAAUCAGGAUUGCUUCGUAAGAAGUACGUUUUGCACAAAAAGGCUGUGACCGGUUUAUCUAUUGAUGGCAUGAAUAGGAAAAUGGUUAGUUGUGGUUUGGACGGAAUCAUUGGCUUCUACGAUUUUAGUCAGUCCAAGUACUUGGGAAAGUUGCAAUUGGAAGCUCCUAUUACCAGUAUGGUUUAUCACAAAUCUUCGGACUUGAUUGCCUGUGCGUUAGACGACUUGAGUAUUGUCAUUAUCGAUGUCACCACUCAAAAGGUUGUCAGAGUCUUGAUUGGGCACACUAACAGAAUCACUAGUUUGGAUUUCUCUCCAGAUGGUAGAUGGAUUGUGUCUGUUGGUUUGGAUGCAACAAUGAGAACUUGGGAUUUGCCUACUGGUGGAUGUAUCGAUGGUGUCAGAUUACCUGUUGUUGCAACGGGGAUCAAGUUUUCCCCAAUUGGUGAUGUCUUGGCCACCACCCAUGUUUCUGGAAAUGGGAUUUCAUUAUGGACUAAUCGUGCCCAGUUCAGACCCAUUUCUACCAGACACGUCGAAGAGGAAGAUUUUGCAACUAUAUUAUUGCCAACGGCCUCUGGAGAUGGUGGAUCAUCCAUGUUGGAUGGUGCUCUAGAGGGAGAUACCGAUGAGGAUGACGUUCUUGCGCAAACAUACACCACUUUGGACCAAAUAGACGAAUCGCUUAUCACCUUGUCCUUGGGAGCCAGAAGCAAAUUCAGCAACUUGGUUCACUUGGAUGUCAUCAAACAAAGAAGCAAACCCAAGGAAGCUCCAAAGAAACCAGAAAAUGCUCCUUUCUUCUUGUCUUUGUCUGGACAAGCUGUUGGAGACCAAGCUUCUGUAGCUGAAGGGAAGCCAGGUCAAUCUUCUGCAGACAAUAAUGAUGAUACAGCCGAGGGUAGAUUACAUAAAUUGAAGUCAGACCAAGGACACAACUUUGAGUCUAAAUUCACUACAUUAUUAAGAGAAGGUUCUAGUAACGGUGAUUACUCAGAGUUUUUGAAGUUCUUGGUUGGUGCUUCUCCUUCUCUUGUCGAUUUGGAAAUCAGAUCAUUGAACUCAUUCCCUCCCUUGAAUGAAAUGGCCAAUUUUGUUGAAGCUCUUAACCAGGGUCUCAAGUCUAACACCAAUUUCGAUUUAUAUCAGGCUUUCUUCUCCAUGUAUUUAAAGAGCCACGGUGAUGUCAUUCACAACAAUGCAGACGAGCAGAGAUUGAAUUCGGCCCUUGAGCAAUGGAGUGAAUUGGAUAGACAAAAAGGAGAAAAGUUAGACGAGCUUGUUAAGUACUGUUCUGGAGUGAUCAGUUUCUUGAGCACUGUUUAGGUAUUAUUGCACAUUAAAGAUAUAUAUGUAUUUAUUUCGUAUAAUCAUAGAGAUGAAAAAUAGACCACGAUCUAA